AUGCUCAGGUAGGUGGUGCGUAUACGAGCAAGCAAUGCGUGUUGGCAACUUACUCCUGGCCUUCAGGCCUUGUGAGUGGCAACUUGUUGCUGGAGUGCUGGGGCGAGUGAAUGCGCUGCAGCUCCAGUCAAGUUGCCGCAUAGGAAAAUUCGUGUCCGCUCGACUGUUCAUACGGUGCACUGGUUUUAAUAACCACACCAUUCAUACGGUGCACUGGUUUUAAUAACCACGCCACCAGCUGACCAUCAGCUAGCUUCCUUUGCUAGAGUCCUGAGCUUCUGAUUACACGUCAAACACCGCGUAUUUCUGGAGUUCUCCAGUUCUUGCUUGCUCGUGCAAGUAUAAAUACCGGCCUCCACCCUCCCUUCUUCCUCUGCCCACCCUUCACUUUUGUACUGGUGCGCGUGAGGAAGAGCAAUGGGAGCGCACGGAAGGGAUGCUUCUUGGGCAUGCCUGGGGGUGGCGCUGCUGCUGGUGCAGCUCGCCGGGGCGUCGCAUGUCGUCUACGAGAGCCACCUCGAGACGGAGGCGGCCGUGCCACCGUCCAUCGUCGACCCCCGGCUGAGGACCGGGUACCACUUCCAGCCUCCCAAGAACUGGAUCAAUGAUCCCAACGCUCCGAUGUACUACAAAGGCUGGUACCAUUUCUUCUACCAGUACAACCCCAAGGGCGCCGUGUGGGGCAACAUCGUGUGGGCGCACUCGGUGUCGCGGGACCUCAUCAACUGGGUGGCCCUGGAGACGGCGAUCGAGCCCAGCAUCCCGUCCGACCAGUACGGCUGCUGGUCCGGCUCGGCGACGAUCCUGCCCGACGGCACGCCGGUGAUCAUGUACACAGGCAUCGACCGCCCCAACAUCAACUACCAGGUCCAGAACAUCGCCUACCCGAGGAACAAGUCCGACCCGCUGCUCCGGGAGUGGGUGAAACCUGCGCACAACCCCAUCAUCGUGCCCGAGGGCGGCAUCAACGCGACGCAGUUCCGGGACCCGACCACCGCGUGGCGCGACGACGACGACGGGCGGUGGCGGUUGCUGAUCGGCAGCGUGGCCGCCGGGGGCGCCCGCGGCGUGGCGUACGUGUACCGGAGCCGCGACUUCCGGCGGUGGGCGCGGGUGCGGCGGCCGCUGCACUCGGCGGCGACGGGGAUGUGGGAGUGCCCGGACUUCUACCCGGUCGAGAGGGACGGGCGGCGCGUGGGGCUCGAGACGUCCGUGUCCGGCCGGCGGGUGAAGCACGUGCUGAAGAACAGCCUCGACCUGCGCCGGUACGACUACUACACCGUCGGCGCGUACGACCGGAGGGCGGAGCGGUACGUGCCGGACGACCCCGCCGGCGACGAGCGCCGGCUGCGGUACGACUACGGCAACUUCUACGCGUCCAAGACGUUCUACGACCCGGCGAAGCGGCGGCGCAUCCUCUGGGGCUGGGCCAACGAGUCCGACACCGCCGCCGCCGACGUCGCCAAAGGGUGGGCUGGGAUUCAGGCGAUCCCAAGGACGGUGUGGCUGGACCCCAGCGGGAAGCAGCUGCUGCAGUGGCCGAUCGAGGAGGUCGAGGCGCUCAGAGGCAAGUCGGUCACUGUCAAGGACAGGGUGAUCAAGCCAGGACAGCGCGUCGAGGUCAUCGGGCUACAAACUGCACAGGCUGACGUGGAGGUGAGCUUCGAGGUGUCGAGCCUGGCGGGCGCCGAGCCGCUGGACCCGGCGCUCGCCGGCGACGCGCAGCGGCUGUGCGGCGCCAGGGGCGCGGCCGUGGAGGGCGGCGUGGGGCCGUUCGGGCUGUGGGUGCUCGCGUCCGCCGACAUGCAGGAGAGGACCGCGGUGUUCUUCAGGGUGUUCAAGGCCGCCGGCAAAGACAAGCCCGUCGUGCUCAUGUGCACCGACCCAACCAAGUCAUCUCUGAACCCGAAUCUAUACAAGCCGACGUUUGCAGGUUUUGUUGACACAGACAUCUCAAAUGGGAAGAUUUCUCUGAGAAGCUUGAUCGACCGGUCGGUUGUGGAGAGCUUCGGAGCCGGGGGCAAGACGUGCAUCCUCUCCAGGGUCUACCCGUCGCUCGCCAUCGGCAACAACGCCCGCCUCUACGUGUUCAACAACGGGAAGGCAGAUGUCAGGGUGUCGCGUCUGACGGCGUGGCAGAUGAAGAAGCCACUCAUGAAUGGCGCCUGACAAGAGCUUCCAUUGUGUCGAUCUGGUUCACAAAUUGGGAAGUGUUCCACACAAUUUCCGUGUAGAAUGGCUCCUUCGUACUAGAAUAGUACAAUACUACAAUUGUUUCGACUGAAACUUUUCAAGAAAAAAACACAAUGAUUUCGAUUGUGUUUUUAUUAGGGUAUGGAAAGUGCAGAUUUGUAUGCAUUCCACUACGAACAACAAUAAAUAUUCACAUAUUUGCGUGA